CAGAAAAGCUUGUGGACGCCAAAAUUCGACGACUAUUUACUUUUAAAAUUCGGUGAAUCCAAAUUCCUGCUUCACUGCAUUUUAGAUUCUACUUCUUCCUACCAUUUUUGCCAAAUAAUUGUGUUCGCAGCAUCAUCGAAUUCUGUAUUCACUUGCUCAGGAUUUGAGAAUUGAGGGCAUUCCUAUUUCGUUUGGAUCACACAGCUUUGGCAUGGGAGUCAUGACUGUUUCUAGUUCUUCAGGACGAAUUCCAUUGGGAGUGAAAGCCAGAAAUUUGACUCGUGCAGAGAGGCUAGUAGUGUUGUCUUUCAAAUCCAAUGAAAGUAAACCUGUAUCCUUGGUUGCUAAACGAGAAUCUCUAGCUUUACCCUUGGAGACGAAUAAAGAUACUAGGAAGAUAACGAGGAAGGUGAAGAAGCGGACUGAACGAGUAAAAGCAGUCGCCUCUCCAAGUAUAUUGGAGUUGGAUUACGGCGAAGCAGGUGCUAUACUUGAAAAAUUAUACAAGCGAAGUCCUGGUACAGAUGUAUCCGAUGAGGAGGUCAAAAUAGGAAGGGGGAAGAGACGGCGGCCUCUUAGGAAGAAGAGUGUGGAAACUGAGGAGGCAGAGAAGGAAAGGGAUGUGAGUGUGGUGAGGAGCCAGAAAAAGGGGAAGAGAUUGAAUCUCGAGAAGAGAAUUUCUAUGAGAAUGAAGAAAGAAGAUGAAUUUGUUGCAUUAGCCCAAAAUAAGAAAAACAGAAAGAAUGAUGAAGAUGAAAAGAUUGAUAGGCUUGUUAGGGAGUAUACUUCUUCGACGGAUUUGGUAAGCUUAGACUGGAAGAAAAUGAAGAUUCCGCCUGUUCUUCCUUCAUCUGAGCAUGCCUGGCUUUUCAAACUGAUGCAACCUAUGAAGGAAAUCCUCAAAGUUAAGGAAACCUUAAAAAGUGAUUUAGGAAGAGAUCUAACUGAUGAUGAAGUAGCAAAGAAGAUAAAUAUGGAUGUAUUUCAGCUGCGGAAACAGUUAGAAGUUGGUCGAGCUGCCAGAAAUAAGUUGAUCAAGCACAACCUGCGGCUUGUUCUAUUUGUCAUGAAUAAGUAUUUUCAAGACUUUGCUAAUGGCCCAAGAUUCCAAGAUCUCUGUCAAGCUGGGGUGAAGGGUCUUAUGACUGGUAUUGAUCGCUUUGAACCAAGAAGGAAGUUCCGACUCUCAACAUAUGGCCUCUUCUGGAUCAGGCAUGCCAUUGUUCGCUCAUUAACACUGUCAAACUUCACAAAGGUCUCCUUUGGCCUUGACUCGGUCAGAGUAGAAAUCCAGAGGGCCAAGCAGGAGCUGCAUUUUGAGCUUCAGAGGAUACCAACUGUUGAAGAGAUUACAAAACGUGUUGGAAUCUCCCCUGAAAGAUACCAUGAAGUGAUGAGGGCAUCGAAGCCUAUUGCUUCUCUCCAUGCACGCCAUGAUGUAACCAAUGAGGAGUUCAUCAAUGCCAUUACUGAUGUUGAUGGUGUUGAAGGAGAUAGUAGGAGACAACCAGCACUUCUCAGACUUGCUCUUGAUGAUGUGCUUGAUUCUCUGAAGCCCAAGGAGAGUUUGGUGAUGAGGCAGAGAUACGGGCUCGAUGGGAAAAGAGAUAGAACACUUGGAGAAAUCGCUGGGAAUUUGAACAUUUCAAGAGAGAUGGUUCGGAAGCAUGAAGUGAAGGCUCUUAUGAAGCUCAAGCAUCCAGCUCGAGUGGAUUACCUCCGCCGCUACAUUUACAAAUGAACCACCAUAUAUAAUGUGUGAAUGCUUCUCUAUAUACAAAAUCACAUGUAUUAUACUUUGAAAUUGCAUAAAAUUAAUGUAUAGUCAUUAUUUCUUGCGAGCA